GUCCUGAAAGAGACUGCCAAGCUCCGAGAGUGGCUUCGGGUGUCCUUUUACUUCAUCUCUGCCCUUUCCUCUGCUUCAGUGGAUGCAAGAGGCAAGCAAGGCUGUCAGAGUGGCUUUGGGGCCAUCCAGGAAUAUUAAAGCACUUGUCUGUAUCUGUGUACCAAGUGGCUGUACCACACCCCAGCAUCUGUCUGUCUCCAGAAGUAGAAGAUCAGAAGUAUACUGAAUCACAUCAAAAAAGACACCUGGUAGACAAGAAAACUUUGAUCUUACUAAUGACAGGACCUACUGGCUGGAAUCUGCAGCUCACAGUUAUUAUGAGAAGCAAGGAAUUGAGCUAUUCAGACGCCUACCUGUGAUGAUUCCACCAUCUGCAACAACCCCUGUCAGUGAUGCUGCACUCUUGCCAAAUGUGGCUUCUCAGGAAAUCUGGAGGUCACAAGUUCCAGGCUAUUCUGGAUCGGUCACACGGCACAUAAGUCAUCGGGCCAACAACUUCAAGAGACAUCCAAAGAGGAGAAAAUACAUCCGCCCUUCGCCGCCACCACCACCAAAUACUCCAUGUCCUAUUGAUUUGAUUGACUUUGGGGAUCUUCAGCCUCAGAGGUCUUUCCUAGAACUCCUCUUUAAUGGGUGCAUUCUCUUUGGGCUCGAGUUCAGCUAUGCCAUAGAAACAGCCUAUGUGACUCCUGUGCUGCUUCAGAUGGGGCUUCCAGACCAACUGUAUGGAAUGGUGUGGUUCAUCAGCCCUAUAUUAGGGUUCUUGCUACAGCCUUUGCUGGGAGCCUGGAGUGACAGAUGCACAUCAAGAUUCGGGAGGAGGCGACCUUUCAUUCUGGUCUUAGCAAUAGGAGCGUUGCUUGGGCUCUCGCUUAUGCUCAAUGGCAAAGAUAUAGGGAGCACCUUGUCUGACACUGCGAGUAACCACAAAUGGGGUAUCAUUCUUACGGUCUGUGGUGUUGUCCUCAUGGACUUCAGCGCAGAUUCAGCAGACAAUCCCAGUCAUGCCUACAUGAUGGAUGUAUGCAGCCCAGUGGAUCAAGACAGGGGCCUCAACAUGCACGCUUUGUUAGCAGGUCUUGGAGGUGGCUUUGGUUAUGUUGUUGGAGGAAUACACUGGGAUAAAACCAGUUUUGGAAAAGCUGUGGGAGGGCAACUUCGUGUCAUCUAUGUCUUCACCUCAGUUACACUGACUAUCACUACUGUGCUGACUCUAAUUAGCAUUCCAGAAAGACCCUUAAGGUCCUUUGUCAGGAAGAAAAAGGUGAUGAAGAGUCCAAGUCUUCCUCUCCCUCCUUCUCCACCUUUCUUCUUUGAGGAGGGUGUAAAUGAAAACUUUGCUUCUCAUAACUCAGCUCACUUACAUGCAAGUUUUUCGAGUCCCGUUUCCCCCCUCAGCCCACUCACACCCAAAUAUGGCAGUUUUAUCAGCAGAGACAAUUCCUUGACAGGAAUUAAUGAGUUUGCAUCAUCAUUUGGGACUUCAAAUAUUGACAGUGUGCUUAUAGACUGUUUUACAGGCGGGCACAAUAGUUACGUAGCACUUCCAGCUAGCCUGCCCAGGCAGCCUGUCAGCGUCAGCUUUCCUCGGGUGCCUGAUGGCUGUUACCAAGGACAAAAUGGAGUUCUGGAGCAAGGGGAGAGCAGCGUAACACCGGGGCCUGACAGCGAGGUGCUGAGGGUGGGCUCACUGGAUACGAUAAAGCCACGGUCGUCAGGGAUCCUGAAAAGGCCUCAGACCUUGGCCAUUCCAGAUAUCGUAACAGAACACUGUCCAGAAAAUAGCAGAAGAAGAAAUGUAACCUUCAGCCAACAGGUUGCUAAUAUCUUGCUGAAUGGUGUAAAGUAUGAGAGCGAGCUGAAUGGAUCAGGCGAGACCACCGAGCAGCCACUCUCCAUGAAACUUCUAUGUUCAACCAUCUGCCAGAUGCCCAAGGCUCUCCGCAACCUCUGCAUCAACCACUUCCUAGGAUGGCUUUCAUUUGAGGGGAUGUUACUCUUCUACACUGACUUCAUGGGAGAAGUAGUGUUUCAAGGGAAUCCAAAAGCACCUCACAACUCAGAUGAGUAUCAGAAGUACAACGCUGGGGUCACCAUGGGCUGCUGGGGAAUGUGCAUCUAUGCAUUCAGUGCUGCUUUCUAUUCAGCUGCGCUGGAGAAGCUGGAGGAGCGGUUCAGCACAAGGACACUGUACUUUGUGGCAUAUUUGUCCUUUGGGCUCGGCACGGGUCUGGCCACGCUCUCCAGAAACGUCUAUGUGGUGCUGUCACUGUGUGCUACCUACGGCAUCCUCUUUGCCACGCUCUGCACGCUGCCCUACUCCCUGCUCUGCGACUACUACCAGAGCCAUGAGUUUGUAGGCUCGCAGGCGGAGGGCACGCGGCGUGGGAUGGGCGUUGACAUCUCCCUGCUGAGCUGCCAGUACUUCCUGGCACAGAUCCUCGUGUCCCUGGCCAUGGGACCACUGACAGCAGCUGUGGGCAGCGCCAGCGGCGCCAUGUAUUUCGCCAGCCUGAUGUCCUUCCUAGGCUGUCUCUUCUCCUCCCUCUGUGUCACCUACGAGCUGCCGCCCUCUGAGGAGCUGCCUCCCGCUGAAGAGCAGCGCCCGCUCUUGCCCCGUGCGCGGAACGAAUAAAUGGGAGAAGCCGCCACAGCCUCUGCUGCCUCUUUGUGUCACCCUCAGCCUCCCCACCGUGCCGUGUUAGGCUCUUGUGCCCCCAUUCCGGCAGCAGUGGGCAUGGCAAACAGCAAGAAGGUCUGCACUGGCUUUGCCAAGCUUUCCCAUGCUCGUGGGAGGGCAAAGGGCAAGUCGGCAGCACGUGGCACCGCUCGUCCUUCCCUUGAGGUGGCAAAGGCCUGUCUGUGCCCCCAUUCCCUCCAGCUGUGCCAUGGUGCCAUCAUUCCAGGGGGACAAGUGGCGGUGUCCAGCCUGAGGGAGGGGAUCUGGAGGUCUAGUGCCCAGGCAGGGUGACCACGAUGCCUCAGGCAGCAGCAAGCUGCAGGGCCACAUGUGCCACUGAGGGCACCGCCACUGCAGGAGCGCUGGGGCCACGGCGCUCUGCCAGCUUCAUGGGCAGAAGGUGCCAUCACACGGCCAGGCAGAGCAGCCCAGUCCUCGGUCACUGAGGGCAGCAGUGGCUCCGUGAGGCCUUAGGGAGCGAUGCAGCCAACCUGUGGGUCCUGGCCUCUGCCCGUGGUAGGCCUGGCUCUGGAAGAUGCUUUUCAAAACUUUGGAAAGGCUGAGAGUGACUGGUCCUGCCCGGGUGGUGUGAGCACCGCCAAGUGCUGUGUGCUCCUGAGUGCGCAGAGCUCGCACCAGCAGAACUGCUCCAAGAAGCUGCUGUGGGGUGAAACUUCAGCAGCCUGACUCCCAAACCCUGCUCUGUAAGUUCUGGCUGCGGCCCAUGGUGAUGGUUGCAUAUUUCUUUCCACGUUAGACUUUUUAACUAAGACUACAAGGGCUUGUGAUGACUUAGCAGGAAGAUGGGCAGUUGUUUGUAACCCAGCUUUGGGGAGAAGAGUUUUUGCAUCAAUUUCCCCUGGGUAGAAGCUUACUCUCAAAGUUAAGUUGAUAAUUUAAGAAAAAUUAUUUGUGUGAAAGCCUGCAAAACACCAUCCUUGUUUUUUCGUACAGUUGUACCUUGUGACAUUCUAAAAUCUGCAUGGGGAUCGGUGAUCAAGUACUUGUCAGCUAGAGCUGCAUCUUCUGUAUGUCCUUGAAACUAGUAAAAUGGCUUUGGGUUCCAGUAUCUGUGAAAAUUCUUCAUUAUUCUGAUUUUGGUGGUAAAUGCGUGAGAUCUCUUACCAGUUAAGCCCAAGAGUCUGUUAAGUCUUGAGAGCAAAGGUGAAAAUGGAAAUAAAGUUAAAAUUAUUUUUAGGGUCCCAGUCAGCCUGCCUCUCUAUUUGGGUAGGCAGCCAAAGGUUACCAAGGCUCAUGGGCAUUUUGGUACUACAUGUGCUGUGCAUGGCUCCCUGUAGAGGUUAUUUUAGGUCCAGAAGAGGGUUUUCUCUGGAGUUCUACUUGACUGUUCACUUAAGUUCAUUCUGAUGCUUGAUCUAUGAUGCUAAAAUGAAAUAACUUGUAUAAUCUGUAGCUAUUGUGGCUUACUACACUCCAGUGCUGACAGCAUAAUGCACAACUCCUAAGAACCUCUCGAUUGUAUCAUCUGCCCCUGGGCAUUACUUUUCUUAUUUUAGAAGCAAGUUUCAUGCUACUCAGCAUUUACUUAAAUGGAGGAACACCACUGAAGUUACAAAGUCAAGAACUCGGAGGUAAAGGACGGUCAGAUUGAUGAGUCUAUUCAUCUUCCUUUUUUCUUUCUUUGGGCUUAUGUAUUGUCAUAUCUACAGGCAUAUCUGUGACGUGCCAUUUCCUUGAUUAUGGGACAGCUGUAUCCAAGACUGUUCAGGAUGAAGCUGGAAAAAACUAGCAUAAGAAACUGCACAUUUGGCACUUCUGAUUUCUGACUAUCUAAAGACUUGACUUUGGAAAAUUGCUUUCUCGUUGCUGUGCCCUGUAACCUUAAUUUCUCUUCCUUAUCUUACUGAACUUUUAAAC